AAUCUCAAUAAAAUAGAAGGCGGGAAGACGGAUGAAGCUGCCUGGAUAAAACCUCGAAAACAAGCACGAUGAAACUCCCAAGUCCUAUAUAAAACCUUCUUCAAUCUAUAUUAAUCACACAGAAAAGACAAUAAAGUUGUUAUUUUUUGAACACCCAGAAUCGGAAGAGUUGAUCUAGUGCAGGGGAGAUGGAUCGCUACAGGAUUGGAGUGUUCUUCACCAGGAAGUUUAAGAUCGAUGAUCCAGAGCCGCCACAGGACGUCAAAGAUGAGUUCAACAAGUACGCGGAUGGUGGGGAUGUCAUGACGGCCGAGCAGUUGCAGCGGUUCCUGGUGGAUGUUCAGGGUGAAGCCGGAGCGUCAGUGGCGCAGGCAGAGCAGAUCGUCAAUCAGGCGUUGCAGAAACAGGAUGCAAGUACCGAGUUCGACAAGCACACUCUAACCCUUGAGGAUUUUCAUGAUUACUUAUUCUCUGCGGAACUAAACCCCCCAAUUCGUGAUCAGGUGCAUCAUGACAUGACAGCUCCUUUGUCCCAUUAUUUCAUAUUUACUGGCCACAAUUCAUAUUUGACUGGAAAUCAACUCAGCAGUGACAGCAGCGAUGUCCCAAUCAUAAAGGCACUGAGGAAAGGACUAAGAGUGGUGGAGCUUGACCUAUGGCCUGAUUCAGAUGAAGAUGAAGUUGAAGUUCUACAUGGAAGGACACUGACAACUCCAGUUAAACUCAUUAAAUGUUUGGAAUCUAUUAAAGAGACUGCUUUUGUGGCAUCUUCAUACCCUGUUAUUAUUACUCUUGAAGACCACCUUACUCCAAAUCUUCAGGAUAAAGUUGCAAAGAUGAUUACUCAAACAUUUGGAGACAUGGUGUUUCUUCCUGACUGUGAUUGUUUAAAAGAAUUUCCUUCACCAGAAGAACUGAAGUAUAAGAUUAUCAUAUCAACCAAGCCUCCAAAACAGUACCCUAACGUCACAAGUAUCAAUGAAAAAAGAAACAACUCAAAGGGAAAAAGUUGGUUACUUAGCCCUCGUUUACCAUUGAAAAUCCCAAAAUCUUUCAAACGUGGGAAUGGGGCAUCUCAAAAGGAGCCAUCAAGCCUCCCAUCUGAUCAAGAAGAUGAAGAAAAGAUUAGUGAUGGUGAUACAAGUGAGAGCAGUCAAGAUGAUGAAGAUAAUGAUGCAUCUGACCCUGGUUUCAUACCAUCAAAAGCACCUGAAUACAAGCAUCUCAUUGCCAUUCAGGCCGGCAAAGCAAAGGGUGUGUUAAAGAAUGCACUAAAAGUGGAACCUGAUAAAGUCAAACGCCUUAGUUUAAGUGAACAAAAGCUUGAAAAGUUUACAGAGUCUCAUGGAACACAUGUUGUAAGAUUUACCCAGAAGAAUGUUUUGAGGAUAUACCCAAGGGGUUCUCGCUUUAACUCCUCCAACUACAACCCACUAAUUGGUUGGAAGCAUGGAGCUCAGAUGGUUGCAUUUAACAUGCAGGGCUAUGGCAAGCAUCUUUGGUGGAUGCAAGGGAUGUUUAGAUCCAAUGGAGGGUGUGGUUAUGUUAAAAAGCCUGAGCUUUUGACGGAAGUUGGUCCGGAUGGUCAGGUGUUUGAUCCAAAAGCAAAGUGUUGGAAGAAGAAAACUUUAAAGGUAAAAGUGUACAUGGGGGAAGGGUGGCGUUUGGAUUUUAAACCAACGCACUUUGAUUCAUACUCCCCACCAGAUUUCUACACGAAGGUUGGCAUAGUAGGAGUGCUAGAUGACAAGAAAAUGCACAGAACGGAGACAAAGGAAGACAAGUGGAAUCCUGUUUGGGAUGAAGAAUUUACAUUUGAAUUGACAGUUCCAGAACUGGCUUUGCUUCGAGUAGAAGUCCGUGAGCAUAAUGACAUUGAAAAAUCUGAAUUUGCUGGCCAAACUUGUUUGCCUGUCUCCGAACUAAAACAGGGAAUUCGAGCAGUACCCCUGUAUGAUAAGAAGGGAGACAUGUUCAAAUCUGUAAGACUUCUCAUGCGCUUUGAUUUUGUCUGAGAUUCGUCAUGUUUUCUUCUGUGUAUGUAUCAUUGUAUUUUAGAGUAAUGAACUUCUUUCUUUUACCCACUGACCCUCCCAUUCCCAUCAAUCUUUUACAAGCUUUACAUUUUGAACUCUUACCCUGUCUGUACUACCAUCCCCUUUUUUUUUUUCUUUUUUUUGAUGAUUGAAAUAGGACUCAUUUUCUUCAAAUUAUUUUUUGUUCCCUGUAUUUUUAUGCAUAAAUAUACUUUUUGAAUUUAU